AUGGGAUCCACGGCGACUGCGCAAACAACUGAUUACGAUGUCUUCCUCAGUUUCAGUGGCGAAGACACUCGCAGGAAUUUCGCAGACCAACUACGUGCUGCUCUGAGUAACCGAGGAGUCGUCGUAUUUGGAGAUGAUGAACUUUAUCGGGGAAUUAAAAGUUCAAAAAUUUCAAUUGUCAUUCUUUCAAGAAAGUAUGCCAGGUCAACAUGGUGCUUGGAUGAGCUUCAGCAAAUUAUGGAAUGCAAGGAAGUGGCUCGCCAGAUAGUUUUGCCUGUCUUCUAUGAUGUGAGCCCAUCCGAGGUACGAAAACAGACAGGCGAUUUCGGUGACUUUUUUGCCGAGCAUGAAGGACGUUUCAAUGACAAUAUCGACAAAGUGCGCGCCUGGAGGGAUGCUCUUCGUCAAUUAGCCAAUCUGUCUGGAUUUGACCUAUACAAGGACGAGGAUGGGUGGGUAGUUCCUUUCAGUAGCAAAUAA